CUCAAAUUGUUUUACAGCUGAACCGGCUUUCUCCGUUUCCAAUCAAAUCUCUCUCUCUCUCUCUCUCUCUCUCCUCUCUGGAAUUCAAUUACUUCCGCCUCUUUUACAGCGUUCAUCUUUUUUCUCUCACUGAUAAAACGAGGGUUAGGGUUUCCCAAAUAUUCCCCCUUUUCCUCUCUCUGCAUGUCUCUCUAAUAUUUCGAAUUCCAGACUGUUAGGUUGUGCUUUUUCCCCAUUUUUUCCCGACCCGUUAGGGUUCAAGUGUGAGUUCGGAGUUAGGAUUUAGGGUUUCUUGUAUUUAAGGGAGAUGUAUGCUGAUCGAGAGGAAGCUGAUACCAAGUUGUCCGCAAAGGACCGCCUCAAUGGCGGCUUCAGGGAGGACUCUGGUCGCCGUAGACAGAUAGCUGGAAAGAGGCAGAGACAAGAUGGCAAGUGGGAGCAUGAUCUAUAUCAGGAUGAUCCUCAAGAUUCAAAUCGAAAAGUCGAUGCUCGGGACCUUCGAUUGAAGCUCCAAAAGAAAAGUUUCAAAAAAAGUGGAAAUCGAUCCCUUUCAGGUGUAAGGGACCUGCGCGAAAAGCUAUCUGGUACUAUGAAUCCACAACCAAUGAACACUGAUCCACCAAAACCGAAAGUGGAGGCUGCCAAACCAGCCAGGAGAAGUAUUGCUGUUGGCACCCCUGCAACAGAGACUAAAAAAGUGGCCAACCCAGCUCCUAGGAAGAAGGCUUCACAGAAGGCUGGUUCAUCAGUGGAUGAAUUUUUGACGUCCUUGGAUCUUGAAAAAUACUCCAUCACAUUUCAGGCAGAGGAAGUUGAUAUGACAGCUCUUGUGCACAUGACUGAUGAGGACCUCAAGGCUCUAGGAAUACCAAUGGGACCAAGGAAGAAGAUACUUUUGGCAUUGGAAUCAAGAGUCUGACAUUUGAGGGGUGGAGCCGUUUCAUGGCCUUGUUUCAUCAUGUUUAGUAUGACUCAGUCUGGCAGGCUUUAUUUCGAUUGGUAUCAACCUGCUUGUAACUUUAUUUUACCCCUCAUUUUUCUUUCCCGUUCGUUCUAGUACGCAUCGCUGUAAGUGGCUUUCAAUGUGCUCAUUAUAGAUAUAAACCUUGUGAAUUUGUUAGCUUGGAACAGCUCGAAAUUUAAAUUUUAUGGAUGUGCUGUUGUGUUCCGUCUA